CGCGCCCCAACGAGAGAGAGAGAGCGCGCGAGCGAGCGAGCGAGAGGGCGGGAGGAGAGAGAGAGACACAGCGAGAACCGCCUCGCGCACCCUACGGGCCAAACAGGGCCCCCUCAGACGGAUACGGAAUUCUCGGUAGCCGAGGCAGUAAGACGAGUAGCAGCGCAAGCGAGCCGAUGGCGGCGAAGGUAGCGCUGAAGCGGGAAGAGACUCCUCGCCCCUCCGGGUCUACGCUUCCUGUACCCGAAAACCCGGCGGCGGCGGCGGCGGCGGCGGCCCCUUGGCUCGGAGCGGCGCUGCGGCUGCUGGUCGCGCUGCUCCUGAACGCGGCCCGGGCCGAGAAAGAAGCUUUCAUCCAGUCAGAUAGCAUAAUAGAAGUUCUGCGUUUUGAUGAAGGAGGCUUAUUACAGACUGAGACAACCAUUAGCCUCAGUUCAUAUCAACAGAAAAGUGUAUCUAUGUAUCGAGGGAACUGCAGACCUAUUCAGUUUGAACCACCAAUGCUGGAUUUCCAUGAACAGCCAGUUGGGAUGCCAAAAAUGGAAAAGGUUUACUUGCAUAAUCCCAGCUCAGAAGAAACUAUUAUAUUGGUAUCAAUAUCUGCAACAACCUCACACUUUCAUGCAUCUUUUUUUCAAAACAGGAAAAUCCUCCCAGGAGGGAACACAUCAUUUGAUGUAGUUUUUCUUGCAAGAAUGGUGGGAAAUGUAGAAAAUACUUUAUUUAUUAACACAUCUAAUCAUGGAGUAUUUACUUACCAGGUGUUUGGUGUAGGAGUACCAAAUCCUUACAGACUCCGCCCUUUUAUUGGAGCAAAAGUUCCUGUAAAUAGCAGCUUUUCUCCUAUAAUUAAUAUCCAUAAUCCCCACAGUGAACCUUUGCAGGUGGUGGAAAUGUAUUCAAGUGGAGGUGAUCUCCACCUAGAGCUUCCAACUGGCCAGCAAGGGGGUUCAAGAAAAUUAUGGGAAAUUCCUCCCUAUGAAACUAAAGGAGUUAUGAGAGCCAGUUUUUCUUCAAGAGAAGCUGAUAAUUACACAGCCUUCAUUCGAAUAAAAACAAAUGCCUCAGAUAGUACUGAGUUUAUUAUUCUUCCAGUAGAAGUAGAAGUCACAACAGCCCCUGGAAUUUAUUCAUCAACAGAAAUGCUAGAUUUUGGUACAUUAAGAACACAAGAUCUGCCAAAAGUUUUAAAUCUACACUUGUUAAAUUCAGGAACAAAGGAUGUGCCAAUAACAAGUGUUCGACCCACACCACAAAAUGAAGCCAUCACAGUGCAUUUCAAGCCAAUUACACUGCGGGCUUCUGAAAGUAAAUAUACCAAAGUUGCAAGUAUUAGUUUUGAUGCAUCAAAAGCAAAACGACCCCCACAGUUUUCUGGAAAAAUAACAGUCAAAGCAAAAGAGAAGAGUUACUCUAAACUUGAAAUUCCAUAUCAGGCAGAAGUAUUAGAUGGAUACUUAGGAUUUGAUCAUGCAGCCACUUUGUUUCAUAUCCGUGACAGUCCUGCUGACUCUGUGGAAAGGCCUAUCUAUUUAACAAACACAUUCAAUUUUGCAGUGUUUGUUCAUGAUAUAAUGCUACCAGAAGAAAUCAAAGCAAUAUUUAAAGUCCACAACUUCAGCAAACCAGUUUUAAUUCCACCAAAUGAAUCCAGAUAUAUUUUCACACUUUAUUUUGUGGCUUCCUUGUCAUCUCUUCACAUUGAUAGCAAUAUUUUGCUUAUUACCAAUGUCUCUAAAUUUCAUCUACCUGUGAGAGCAUACACUGGAUUUUUAGAUUAUUUUGUAUUGCCUCCAAAACCUGACAAGCAGAUAAUAGACUUUGGUAUACUAAGUGCCACGGAAACUAGUAGCAUUUUGUUUGCAAUUAUCAACAGCAAUCCAAUUCAGGUAAGAGACAUUCACAUUGUAGUUUUGAUUUUUCUUAAAUGGCAAUGCCAAUUAUUAUUAAACUGUCCUAUCUUUUUCAAGCUGGCUAUAAAAAGUUGGCAUGUAAUAGGUGAUGGUCUGACCAUAGAACUUCUAGCUGUUGAAAAAGGAAACAAAACUACGAUAAUUGCAAGUCUUCCAGAGUUAGAAAAGUCUAGUUCCUUGGAUCAAACAUCAAUAACAUUGAUGCCUGGUUCAUACACCGUAUUCAGAGUAAGAUUAUUACCAAAAGAGCUUGAAGGAAUACAUGAUGGGGCCAUACAAAUCUCAACAGAUUAUGAGAUCUUAACAGUUCCUGUGAAGGCUGUAAUUGCUGUAGGUUCGCUGACUUGCUCCCCAAAACACAUUCUUCUUCCACCUUCCUUUCCAGGCAAGACAGUUCAUCAGAGUUUGAGUAUUAUGAGCUCUUUCUCACAGAAGGUAAAAAUACAGCAGAUACGCUCACUGUCAGAAGAUGUUCGGUUUUAUUACAAGAGAUUACGAAGUAACAAGGAAGAUCUGGAGCCAGGAAAAAAAUCCAAGAUUGCAAAUAUUUAUUUUGACCCUGGUUUACAAUGUGGAAAUCACUGUUAUGUGGGAUUGCCCUUUCUGGCUAAAUCUGAAUCAAAAUUACAGCACAGUAUAUACAUGCAAGAAGAUGCAUGGGAUUCUGAUUGGGAUUUGCAUGAUAAUUUAUUCAGAGAAUGGAUUGACAUAAGAGAACACUCGGGCAAUCAAUUAAGUGCUGUAUUUGAAGUGGACACAGAUCUUCAGAAGGCAGUCACAUCCAAAGUCACAGCAGAAUUGACCUGGCCCUCUUUACUCAGUCCUUUGCGCCAUUUGGAUUUCUCACUUACCAACACAAACAGUUCUUCUGAGGAAGAUAUUCUUCUAGAAAACCCAGCAGAUGUUACUGUUUUUGCUCAGCUACUUCCCAUAGCACUGUUUUCCAAUCCAUCGGUCUUCGCAGAUAAGCUAAUAGACCGGUUUAAUUUUAGUAAGGCAGCAAACUUCAAUUUGAGGACCCUAGAAUUUCAGGUCUCCAGAAACUGUGGACAAGCAUUACAGAGCUCCACAGGAUUUGCAGAGGGGUUUUCUCGGCAAUCAGUUCUAAAUGUAAUUUUAAAGCCUGGUGAGAGAAAAUCUGUCAAAGUCAAAUUUACACCAGUUCUUAAUAAAACAGUUUCAUCAUUGAUAAUUAUCAGAAAUAAUUUAACCGUAAUAGAUGCUGUAAUGGUUAAAGGACAAGGAACUACUGAGAGUGUGAGAGUUGCAGGGAAACCACCUGGACUAGGAAGUUCUUUACGCUUUAAAAUCACUGAAGCAUUACUAAAAGACUGUACUGAAAAAACUAAAUUAAAGGAACCAAAUUUUACACUGAAAAGAACAUUCAAAGUGGAGAACACUGGGCAGCUUCAAGUUAAAAUAAAAUCCAUGGAAAUCAGUGGCUAUUUAUGUGAAGGAUAUGGAUUUAAAGUAGUUAAUUGUCAAGAAUUUGCACUAAGUGCCAAUGCCUCUAAAGACAUAGUCAUAUUGUUUACACCAGAUUUCACUACUUCCAGAGUUGUUCGUGAGCUGAAGCUAACCACAGAAGGAGGCUCUGAAUUUAUAUUUGUAUUAAAUGCAUCCCUUCCCUAUCAUAUGUUAGCAACAUGUGCAGAAGCCUUGCCCAGACCCAACUGGGAGCUGGCACUAUACAUAGUAGUCUCAGGAAUAAUGAGUGUGCUCUUCCUUUUGGUAAUUGGAACAGCCUAUUUAGAAGCUCAAGGAAUAUGGGAGCCAUUCAGAAGACGUCUGUCCUAUGAGGCAUCCAAUCCUCCCUUUGAUAUGGGAAGACCAUUUGAUCUCAGGAGAAUAGUUGGAAUUUCAUCAGAUGGAAGCUUGAAUGCACUUGGAUCUGAUUCUAAUCACAGCUCUUCCAGAGGAAUCUAUGGACCAGGAAGUUCAUCACGAUCCAGUGCAGCAAGUCACAGGCAAUGCAACUCUACAAUAAACCUGCACAGCAACAGAAAUUCAGUUGAAGUUGAGAAUGUGAAGCUUAAAAACAGUUCAAGUAUUUCCAGUAGGACUUCCAUGCAGGCAGGUUCUGCACAGUCAACUAACAGAACAGGUUCCCUCUUCCUGGAUUCAAGUGGUGCAACUCAGAAUCAUGCAGUAGGCAGAAAGUCCAGGGGUGCAAAGCAAAAUCUUCAACCAAACCAGCAGCAUGCUCCAGUAUUACUGGAGGAGCACUUAUCACAACCACCAGCAGUGCCUCAACAACAAGAGCAGCAGAAUGAAAAUUCCCUGCCACAGUCACAGCAUCUUGCUGCUUCACAUUCAGAAUGUGCUGGUAACACAAGGCACAGCUCUGAAGACUCAGACAUUGCUACGCUUAUAGAAACCAUGGACAAAGACUUUGAUCAUCCAGAAUCCCCUUCCCCAGAUUUGUUUACAGAGCAACCCCCAUCUCCAGUAGCAAAAAGCAAAGGGAAAGGAAAACAAUUUCCACGCAAAUCUAAGCCCCAAAAGAAGCGGGAAGAAAAAGAUCGAAGAGGAAAGGGAAAGCAGCCAGAGGAUGAACUGAAAGACUCUCUAGCAGAUGAUGACAGUUCUUCAACUACCACAGAAACUUCCAACCCAGAUACAGAGGCACUUCUGAAAGAGGAGCCAGAAAAGCAAAAGGGAAAACAGCCAAUGCCAGAAAAACAGGAAAAUGAAAUACCAGGAAAACAGAAAAACAAAAAGGUAUCAGUUAUCAAGAAAGAAAUCCCAACAGAUGUGAAACCUAGUUCUUUUGAGAUGUCAUGUCCUUCAUCACUGGAAAUUAAGCCACACAAAAGUUUUUCCUCCAAGCUCUCUGCCCAGCAUACAUUCACAAAUGGGUUCAAACCAAGAAACAUUCAGAAAACAAAAGGUAUAAACACAAAACUGAUGGAGAGUAGGCCAUCGACAUUAGCAAAGUUCUUCUCCAGUGGCUCUGGUCAAGAGCUAGGAAAUACCAGCAGCUCAGAAGGAGAAAAAGACUCUCCACCACCAGAGUGGGACUCAGUGCCAGUUCACAAAACAGGCAGCUCUACUGACAACCUUUAUAAGCUGUCCCUGCAAACCCUCAAUGCAGAUGCUUUUUUGAAGCAACGGCAGACCUCACCAACUCCUGCCUCUCUAUCUCCUCCUCCUGCAUCGGUGGCAUUUGUAUCACGGAACACUUACAGCAGUAUUGUGAACAACUGCAAUGAACCGAAAAACAAAUUGCUCAGUGGUGCUAAACAUAAGGUGGCAAAGACAGCCUCUCUCCCGGGCAGGAAUGGAAAUCCUACUUUUGCUGCUGUAGCUGCUGGUUAUGACAAGAGUCCAGGUGGUAGCGGCUUAACAAAACCUUCCCUGGUCAAAACUGAACCGCCUAGCUGUAUGAAUGCUUCACACACCACUGUUGAUAGUGAUGGCUCUGACAGUUCUGGUUUGUGGAGUCCUAUAAGCAAUCCUAGCAGCCCAGAUUUCACACCCCUCAACUCAUUCUCAGCAUUUGGAAAUUCUUUUAAUUUAACUGGAGAAGUUUUCAGCAAACUUGGACUAUCACCAUCUGUUUAUGGUCAGGAUGCUCAGAGGAAUUGGAGUGAAUUUAAUAAUGUUUCUUCAUCCAUCUGGGACCCUUCUGCUACAGGUUUGAUAACCUCCUGGCCAACAAGUUCAGGUUCUCCAACUCACACAACUUCAUCUAUCCUUGGCAAUGGAAGCAGCUUGUGGUCUCCUACCACUACCCCGUUCAGCAGUUCCAUUUGGUCCAGUAAUUUGAACAGCUCCCUUCCUUUCAACACUCCGGCCAGCACAUUGGCAAGUAUUGAUCUCGGGACUGAAAAUGCCCCAUCGCCACCUGCAACUGCCCCUACAGUUAGCAGUCCUGAAGAUGUGGGACAAACUUAUAACCCAUGGCUAAUUUGGAGCCCUGCAAUUGGAAGAAGAAGCUCAGAUCCUUGGCCUAACGUGCAUUACCCUCCUGACAAUGGAAAUUAAGCAACACAAAGAGGCUGUUGUCCAGAUCUGAUCAUGAAAAAUUCUGUAACAAGCCUGGAACAUAAUUUGCAAGCCAUCCGCUGCCAUUCCUCUCCCUUGCUCCAUGCCACAACACUGUUAAAAUCUAGUCAUGCAGUUAUCAUUUGCUCCUCUGAACUCUGUCUUGCAAUUAUGGUAGUGUGGAAUCACUGAUCAGCUUGGAAAGUUUGGCUGUGGUCAAAAACUAUUUAUCUAGAGCCACACUCAGUUUGUUUACCACCUGCCCCUUAUGUUUUUAAAGCCAGUUAAGUUCCAAAAUUCAGUGAUUUUUUACUACCAUGCUUGGGUUUUAAUUUGUUUUCCAGUAUUAUGCUCUCAAACAUAAUUUUAAAGAGCACCUUGUGCUAAAAAUGCAGAGUAUUUUUUUAAAAAAUAAGGCUGUCUUUGUUAAAAGACUCUACGAAUGUAAAAAUCUUAGGAGCAAAAAUAGCUGAACAUAAGAGCAUUCUGUUCAAACUAUACAUUUUAUGUGCUGUUUGUACAUUUGUAAACUUGAAUGCAUUUUUAAGUUGAACUGAAAUGUGCAUAGCCAACACUUGUGGAUGAAACACAAUUCCCUUGUGCUUUUUUUACCAAUACAACUUGGAGUUGUACUUGAAAAAUAAAUAAUGCUUUUUCA